AUGGCGACUCUCAUCAACCCCACAAGGGACCCUAAUACUUUGUCCAACUAUAAUAAUUGGAUUUGUACUCAUAGCACUGUGAACUUUGAGAUCCUUUUUGAGCAAAGGAAGCUUGUCGGAAAUGUUAUCCACAGGCUCAGAUCAGCCACCAAUGCUGAGACCCAGGAGGUUAUUCUUGAUUCGCACCACGUCGAUAUCGGUGACGUUCAGGUUGCGGGGUUACCCGUGAAAUGGGAGCUUCUUCCUCCACUGGGCCCUUACGGGACCGCGUUGAAAAUUAAGCUUGAAAAUCCCGUUAAACUUGAUGAAAUAAUUGACGUUAAUAUCUCUAUCGAAACAACUGAGAAAUGCACCGCUCUCCAGUGGCUAACUCUGGCCCAGACAUCAAACAAGAAGCACCCGUAUAUGUUCUCUCAGUGUCAGGCCAUCCACGCCCGGUCAAUUUUUCCAUGUCAGGAUACGCCUGAUGUUAAGAGCACUUUUGACUUUAACAUCACUUCGCAUUUGCCCGUGAUUGCUAGUGGCCUGCCUGUUCGCAAGUCCUCGAGCAAGCCGAAACCUGGCGAAAAGAGCCUUUACCAAUUCCACCAAAAAGUCCCUAUUCCAAGCUACCUGUUUGCUUUGGCUAGUGGCGAUAUUGUGGAGGCUACUGUUGGGCCACGAAGUGUUGUUGCAACCAGCCCUGAUAAGCUUCAGGAAUGCCAGUGGGAACUCGAGGCAGACACGGAGAGGUUUAUUGAUACGAUAGAGAAACUUAUUUACCCCUAUGCAUGGGGCGAAUUCAAUGUCCUGAUUCUUCCGCCCAGCUUCCCAUACGGAGGUAUGGAGAAUCCGGUAUUCACCUUUGCGACACCCAGCAUAAUUUCAAAGGACCGGGAGAAUGUCGACGUUAUUGCCCAUGAGCUGGCACAUAGCUGGAGCGGCAAUCUGGUAACUAGUGCUUCAUGGGAGCAUUUCUGGCUUAAUGAAGGGUGGACAGUCUAUCUGGAGAGACGCAUACUAGCUGCGAUACAUGGUGAAAAGUAUCGCCAUUUCUCGGCUAUUAUAGGGUGGAAGUCACUUAGAGAUUCUGUUGAGCGCUAUGGUCAUGACCAUGAAUUCACAAAAUUGGUUCCAACUCUCAAGGGAAAUGAUCCAGAUGAUGCGUUCUCAAGCAUCCCGUACGAGAAAGGGUUUAAUUUCCUGUUUUACCUGGAAAACCUUAUUGGAAAGGAUAAAUUCGAUCGGUUCAUUCCCCAUUAUUUCACUACCUUCAAAGAGAAAUCGUUGGACUCUGACGAAUUCAAGUCCACGCUUCUGAGUUUCUUUGGACCGGAUGCUGAAGCCUCCAAAAUUUUGCGGGAGGUAGAUUGGGAUGCCUGGUUCUACAAACCUGGUCUGCCUCCGAAACCAGACUUUGAUACGUCGUUAGCCAAUGUUGUUUAUGAACUGGCUAACAAAUGGAGGAGCCUUCCCGAGUUUUCAUUCCACCCUCAACCGAGCGAUAUCCAAGGAUUGACAGCAAACCAGAUUGUCGUCUUUUUAGAACAGGUCCUGCUUUUUGAACAGCCUCUGACUGCUGAUCUGUCCAAGAUUAUGGGUGAAGUUUAUGGGUUCGCUAAGAGUGAGAAUAUUGAGGUUUCCAAUCUAUAUCUUCAAAUUGGUCUUAAGGCUGGCGACAAGAGUGUGAUUGAGCCAACCGUAGAUCUUCUGGGAAAGAUUGGAAGGAUGAAAUUCGUGCGACCACUAUAUCGAACUUUGCAAAAGGUUGAUCAUCAAGUGGCGAUUGAUACCUUUGGAAAGUAUAAAGAUUUUUACCAUCCAAUUUGUCGGGGUAUGGUCGAAAAGGACCUUUUUUAG